AUGAGUGCGCCGUGUCAAGCCGGUGAUUUUGCUGCAUCGACUCGCAUUAUCAAUAGUGGAGAAUGUGGUGGUGCGCUAUCGGAUCGACAAGCACAACGUGUUGAAAAAAUACAAGAAAAUUCGUGGCUGC